CGCCUGUUCACCACCAGCCACCCUCGACCUGUCUUUUCUUCUAUUUACUUAUCUUCUUCACCCUCUGUGCCUCUGCGUUUCGCUCUUGGAGCAACGCGCCUCCUAUUUCUUAAUAUUAUUUCGGAGGAUUAGACAUGGCAGAGGCUGGUGAUGGAAACAUCAAGGUCGUCGUGCGAUGUAGACCCCUCAACUCUCGCGAACUCGCCCGGGGGGCGAAGCCACUCAUUCGCAUGCAAGGGAACCAGACGUUCCUCGACCCUCCAGAGCAUGGCUCGCAACAGGACUCAAAGCGCGCGACGGAGAGGAAAACAAUGGCGUUUAGUUUCGACAAGAGUUAUUGGUCUGCAGGUCCGAGGGAUGAGCCCGGUUAUUGUUCUCAGCAAAUGCUAUAUGAUGAUCUCGGCAAAGAGCUUUUGGACCACGGUUUUGCGGGUUUCAAUGCAUGUAUUCUAGCCUAUGGACAAACUGGCUCUGGAAAGUCCUACAGUAUGAUGGGAUAUGGACCCGACAAAGGAAUCACGCCCUUGACUUGUUCUGAACUCUUCGACCGUGUGGAGUCCAAAAAGCAAGCGGACCCUAACGUCCAGUUCACAGUCGAAGUCUCGUAUAUUGAGAUUUACAACGAAAAAGUUCGGGACCUAUUGAAUCCCAAGAACUCUGGCAAUCUUCGUGUACGAGAGCAUCCAAGCUUGGGUCCGUAUGUAGAGGACCUGUCAAAACUUAUGGUUAACAGUUAUGACGAAAUGAUGACACUGAUGGACGAGGGAAAUAAAGCGCGGACUGUAGCAGCAACUAACAUGAACGAAACGUCUUCUCGCUCACAUGCUGUCUUCACCCUCCUCCUGACAAUGAAGCGACACGAUGUAGACACGAAUAUGGAUACUGAGAAGGUGUCCCGAAUCAACCUGGUCGAUUUGGCCGGUUCAGAGAGAGCGAACUCCACCGGUGCUACCGGACAACGAUUGAAGGAAGGUGCCAACAUUAACAAGUCACUCACAACGCUCGGGAAAGUUAUCUCGGCCCUCGCAGUUGCGAGUGCGGCAUCGGAUAACAAAAAGGGCAAAAAACAUAAAGCAGACGAGUUUGUUCCCUAUCGUGAUUCGGUGCUGACGUGGCUAUUGAAAGAUAGUUUGGGUGGUAACUCUAAGACUGCCAUGAUUGCGGCUAUUUCUCCGGCUGAUUACGAGGAGACCCUCAGCACUUUGCGAUAUGCUGACCAAGCCAAGAAAAUUAAGAACAAGGCCGUGGUUAAUGAGGAUCCUAACGCGAAGCUUGUGCGUGAGCUCAAGGAGGAAUUGGAACUGCUAAGAGCUCGCGUGAUGGGUGCUUCUGGAGAAGAUACUUUCGACCCCAAGGUACCUCCAGAGAAGCAGAAGGUCACCUAUCAAACGAAGGACGGUCGGAUCAAGACUGUCACGAAAGCUGAGCUCCAAGAACAGAUGGAAACCAGUGAGAAAUUGAUGCAAAGUUUGAAUGAGACCUGGGAGGAGAAGAUGCAAAGAACCCAAGAGGUGCAGAAGGAGCGUGAGAAGGCCCUCGAGGAGCUGGGCAUUACGGUGGAGAAGAACCUGGUGGGUGUGCAUACACCCAAGAAGGUGCCUCAUUUAGUCAAUCUGAAUGAAGAUCCACUCAUGAGUGAAUGUUUGAUUUACCAGAUCAAACUUGGGAAAACAAUGGUCGGAAGACUGGAGGGCAAAAAACCUGCUGCCAUCCGACUCAGCGGAGACAAUAUUCUUGAGGAGCAUUGCUAUUUCGAUAACAAUGAUGGCAAAGUUUUCAUUAAUUGUAUGUCAGAUAGCGCUACGUUCUUAAACGGAAAGCAAAUUACUCCUGGGCAGCCCUACAAGCUUCGUUCUGGCUUCAGAAUCAUACUCGGUGAUAAUCACGUCUUUCGGUUCAAUAAUCCGGAGGAAGUUCGCAAGCAACGAAAUAGGGCUACCAUGAAGUCCAAUUUGCAGCAAGGGUUUACCGCCGCUGAUCUCGAAAAUGGCGGGGAAUCAACGCCUGUGACACGCGCGGAAUCUACGGUGUCUUCAACUGAAGAUAAUAUGGAUUGGACUUUCGCUCAACGAGAGGCAGCGCUCGCCCGGCUAGGUCUCGACCCCACCUUGGAUAGUCUGCCGGAUGACGACUUGAACAAGCUGUUCGAUAAAAUUACCCAGGUUAAGACAAUGCGAGACCAUCAUCUCAAACCUCGUCCAGAGAGCAGCCUUAGUCAAGCAGAUGACCUCUGGAGCGAAACUGGGAGACAAUUUGCCAGUGAUUCUACAACUGAUGAUACCAGCGUGGAUGCCUUGGGUAGCCCCGAAGCAGAGACGCCGUUGACUGAUGUGCAGAAUCAGCUGGAAAGCCGUCUUCAUGCGAUUGCAGAGUCAUCUCCCGAGGCGGAAGAUUUGAAAGUGGAGAAAGAUCAUAUGGAGCAUCAGCUACGCCUUGUGCGCGCCCAGAUGAAACGCAUUAUAGACGCCAGGGCUCGUGGAGAAACUGAAUUGGAGAUGAUGGAUUUUGAACCUGUCAUUUACUCGGCGCGGCAACUCAGGCUCAUUCGAAAAGUCCUCGACAAAUGGAGAGCACAUCGGUCAUUUUCGAUGGCAGAGGUUGUUCUAUCCAAUGCAGUUGUUAUCAAAGAGGCCAACAUCAUUAGCAAGGAGCUUAAUAAAGAUGUAUCUUACAAUUUCACGAUUGCGUCUGGUGGUUCGUUGGCAGCGCCUGUGUCUGCUGUGGAUACAAUUGCAGGGUUGGAUCAAUUUGGCGAUGUCUCGGACCCGGUGUUGGCUUCAGCAACUCAACCAUCAGUGGCUGUCAAAAUACUUGAUAAGCGUCAUAGUGCUAUCUAUACGUGGUCGCUCGAUCGCCUUCAACAGCAGCUACAACGCAUGCGCAACCUAACAACAUAUAUCGACCGGCCUUCGUACACGCAGCACUUUUCUUCCGAUGAGCCCUUCUACCAUUCCCCACCUCCAGAGUAUUCAUUCGUUGGUAAUGCUCUGAUAUCUCUCGCGCCACUAUCACGUCGGCUAUCCUCUGUGUGCACCGUACCGAUAUUCUGUCGUUACACGUCGGAGGCUAUGGGCUCAUGUAGGAUUGACAUUAAGAUUGUCAAUGUUGCAUCCAAAUACCCCAAUGGAUCUAUACCCUCUACUCGCGCACCCUCACCUGUUCCAGCGACUAUAUCUCCAGGCAGUAAACUCAGCUUCUUUGUCACUGUUGACACUGUAAAGGGUCUGUCGCCUCAUGACUUUUCAGCUGUUCACCUCCAGGUUCGGUUAUCCUCCUUCGCCGGGCCCACUUUAUCGUCGGAAGAAGUAUUCCCAUCUAGUGCUGUGGAUCUCGAAUCUGGUUCUCUUUCAGAAUUGAAGUUUCGCCGUAGCUUCAGCAUUGUCGCUACAUCCAAGGUGUUGACACACUUGCGUCAAGGAUAUGCGCCGAUAGAGUUCUUCGCGUCCAUCAGACCAACGUACCUCGAGCGCUUGGAGCGAUGGGAUGAGAUGCGGGAAAUCAAGCAUGUUCCUCGCUCUGGGACCUCUAGCCCCGGGUCAGAAACCCGGGCCGCGAGUUUGCCGCACAUGCGUCGGUCAGAAACUGACUUCGUUGUGCAGCAGACACAUGACGUCGUGGCCUGGUUACAACUUUGUGAACUGGCACCUGAUGGGCAGUACAAUCCUGUCCCAGUCAUCUCGCAGGGCGGCCAUGAUCCAGGCUCAUUUUCGCUCCGCCAGGGUCUCCAACGCCGGAUAGUAGUUUCUCUGGCGUCUAACUCUGGCCAACAGUUCCCUUGGAUUGAGGUCACCAAGGUACGGAUAGGCAAUGUCCGGCUCCUUGAUCCCAAAGGUCGCGUGCACAAGUCAACGUCAAAGGCUAUGGUGACGCUUCCUUUACUUAAGGAUCAGACGGUAGAAUUUCGACCUGACGGAAGCGGCCUAUUGUUAGCGGAAGUUCUUUGGGAUUCCAGCGUCCAUGAUUCGGUUCUUUUGAACAGGGUGACAGCAUCCAAUCAACGGAUUCUGUUGCAAUUGAACUGGGCAGUAGCUGUCGAGACUUGCAGUGAUCCUGUCCAGUUCAACGCGGAUAUUGCCAUUACUAUAGAGACUCGAGAUGCAAGGCCACCUUCACGGUUCCUUACGUUUCUGGGAUCGAGCAAAAUACUAGCAAAGAGUAGUACUCUGUUCAGUGUGCGCUUGUCACCUCCUCUCACGAGAUCCCCCAAAGAUCUAUGGCGUCUGGAUACGUCAGAGAAAUAUGUACGGGGUGAAGAGGCCUUGGGUGUGUGGAAACCACGGGGCAUAUCCGUUGUGGAAGAUUACUCCCGCUUGAUCACAAUGGAGAGACGAGCUGCGGACGUUCAAGCCAUACGUGUCAUACUUGCAGCGUCGCCACCCAAACCUAUUCAGUCUGAUGCACUCGCUUGGAGAGCUGACGGACUUAUUAAGAAAUCUCUAGAACUUUGGCAGAAGCGGUUUGGACUGAUGGGCGAUAUCGUUCUCAGUCAGGAGCCAAGUGACGAGGAUAGCCGCUCAUCGAAGCAGACCACUGAUCUGGAUUCCCUUGAAGGCAUCAAGUUUGUUUCUGAGACAAAAGUCGUACCCAGAAGUGACGGCGCCACCAAAAAGGGCCAUUUAAUGAUCUUGAUAGAUGCUGGGCAGAACAUAUGGGAAAAGCGGUGGUUCGUGCUGAAAAGACCCUAUCUUCACAUGUAUGCACAUUCAAAUGAAUUAGAGGAAGUCGGGGUGGUUAGCCUCACCGGUACUAACGUGGAAAGUGAUCCACAGAAGGAAAUAUUGUUAGGGAAACCCUUUUCGUUCACUCUUUUUACGUCUUCGAAUUCUCAUGCAUUUGCAGCACCCAGUAAUAAAGAACUUUAUUCAUGGGUAAUGAAGUUGGAUCCCACUCGUUUGGUAUCUUCAUGAUGAUUGAUUACGACUGAUUUAUGCCCCGCUCAGCUUAUCAUAUCUGUCCUUCUAGCUAGAUUACUUUACACCGUGAUUCAGUUUUUGCCUUCUCACAAGUGGAUUUCAUGUAUACAUACAUACUCAUACCACUACGCUCGCUAUCUGGUCAUUGCCGCUCAUUGUCUAAUUUGUAGAUGUUAAACCAUUUGUACCAUUCGAUAUCCGUAGUACUGUUAUUACAAUCUAUUUGACCUGCGGGGACUACCGCAUGUGUUACAUC